CUAAACCUCACUUUAGCCUCAGGACAAGAUGGUACCCAGAUCCAGAGGGAAUAUGGCAGAAACUUUUACGAGCCUUCCAAUCAAGUUACUUGCGACGAUUUCUUUACGCCUGACGUCCCACCUUCUGCACCAAAUCGCGCACUUACGUAUGAAACGUGUUUUUUUAUCGGCUGACCAACGUAACCUUGAUGUCUUCCGUGCGGUUGCCGACCACGAAGUCUUUCGCCGGCACAUCCAAGAAAUUAUCUGGGAUGACACGCGGCUGUUACUCCCACCCCGAUUUUCGGUGCUAGACUAUGGACGAAAUCCACGAGAGCAAGGCUCCUGUGCAGGAGCUGAACUCUGGUACAUCAAUGCUUGCCGAGAAAAUAUUGCAGAUUUGCGGAGGUACCAGGCCGACUAUACGGGGUUGGCGGGCAUCAUAGAGCGGGCCGAGCAGGAUGUUGCUUCCACGGUAUGGCUGAAAGAAUCUUUUGCUUUCUAUAAGAAAUUGAGUAGGGAACAGGAAGAGAACAUCCGCACUAACGCCGACGUGGAAGCCUUUGAGUAUGGGUUGAAGCAAUUUCCAGCCCUGAAAAGAGUCACAGUGACACCAGUUACCCACACACGGAUCUUCCAUCCUCUUUACCAAACACCCAUGGUCCGCACAUUUCCGCCCGGGUUUAAUUAUCCUAUCCCGUGCGGAUGGCCGACACACAAGGAGAAUCAUCCAGCCCUUACCCCGUGGACCAAUUCGAGCGAGCACGGGAAGGACAGAUGGCGUGGAGUUCGGGCUGCACUACAUGUGCUGGCAAGAGAUAGAGAGCAUCACAACGUCUCUGAGCUCGUUUUUGGUGUGAACCAACUGAACACAGGGAUCAGGGGCACGAUCUUGGAACAACCCUGUGAGGAGCUUUUGAUCCUCUUACUUAUCCUUAAGCAGCCAGGUUUCAAGCGACUUGAUCUUGCUAUUAUAUGCCCCAGUCAAUAUGAACGUGGAUGGCCUAUUUUCUGCAACGGGAAUCUGAGAGACGUGUUGAAAAUUGCAGCCGAUCUAGAGCACUUCAGCUUCAAAGCCAAUGUAUCCCAGCUGCAGGCAAACUCGUCUAGGGAUAAUUACUUUCCGAAUAUUCGAUUCGAUACCGUUUUUCCUGUCGCCAAAUGGCAGAGACUACACCACUUUGGACUCUCAGGCUUGUCAGUGCAUACAACUGACAUGGUCAGGCUUCUGGAUCGGCUGCCACUCACCAACCGCUCACCCUAUAUUGACAACUGGUCAAUUCUGAUCGAAGGAAUCCGGAACCGUACACGGUGGAGAUAUCGAAGUACUAGUAAAAGGCCUAAGCUGGUUGUGGGUGUGGAUGUACUGUGGAAUAGACGGCCUGGCCUAGGAAUCUGGAUCGAAAGGGAAGUACACGAGUUUCUGUAUGGAAAUGGCCCAAAUUCAUUUGACGAAUAUGGUAUUGUCAGGCCGGGCGUGGGAUUUGAGCGGGACUCGUUUAACCCUGAUUAUGAGCGGCCUAAUGUUCAUCCCGAAUGGUUGAUUUGGCUAGAUAUUAUGGAAAAUCAUGGAUUAUGUCAGUCUUGCAACGUCCGUAGAAUUAGAUAG